UCGCGCCUGCGCAGACUGAAAUUUUAUUUUUAUUUUUUAAAACCCUUCCUCACCUUCCUCCCCGCCCCCCAAACUUCUUUAACUGCCGGUUUACCUAUGUCGCCCUUUCCGUAACUGGAGUCCGACGCGAGAACGGAGGGAAAUGUCGUCGGGGGUCCGCGAGGUGGUGACGCUCCAGCUGGGCCACUACGCGGGAAGCGUGGGCGCUCACUGGUGGGGCCUUCAGGAAGCGCUGUUCUCCUCCAAUUCCCUGGCUUCCGACUUAGACGAAGCGAUUCAGCACGAUGUGCUGUUCCGAACGGGGAGGACGAUGCAGGGACGCGAGACGUUUACCCCCCGCCUCAUCCUGAUGGACCUCAAAGAAAGUCUCGCCACUUUGAAACAGGAGGGAUACCUGUAUGAGGACCCCCAAAAAAACAUCCCCAUAGCUUGGAGGGGGAACCUCACAACGCACCAGCAAGACCCAGUGCCUCCC